AUGGGGUGCGCGAUGAGCCGUCUCGUCAAGGCAACUAUCGCGGUAGUUAUCAUGGCGAUGCUGUUCAUGCCCGCUGCCAUGGCGGCAACCGUCGCGAGCUUCGACGCCACCCAGAGCCAGCGCAUACCGCUACCGGACGGAUCAGUCAGAGGACCAGAGAGCGUUGCGUUCGACAGCCAAGGCCAGGGUCCGUACAGCAGCGUCUCCGACGGCCGCGUCCUGAAGUGGAACGGCGACGAGCUCGGCUGGACAACCUUCACCUCCAGUCCGGACUACAACAGCGAUGCCUGCAGGUUUGCCAAGCUCCGUCCGGCGACCAACCCGGAGACCCUCUGCGGCAGGCCGCUCGGCCUGCAAUUCCAUCACAAGUCCGGAAAUCUAUACGUGGCCGACGCCUACAAGGGGCUCAUGCGAGUCGGACCUGAUGGAGGGGAGGCCACGGUGCUGGUCAGCGAGAUUGAUGGUCUACCUCUUCGCUUCACCAACGGGAUUGAUGUCGACCAGAUCACCGGCCAAGUCUAUUUCACAGAUAGUUCCAUGAACUACGACAGGUCGCAGCACGAACUGGUUACAAACACGCAUGACGCAACAGGCCGUCUAUUGGUGUACGAUCCCCAAACGGGAGAUGUCCAGGUUCUCCAAGCUGGCUUGGCAUACCCGAACGGCGUUGCUAUAAGCUACGACCGGACACACCUCGUGGUCGCGUCUACUGGACCGUGCAAGUUACUUCGGCACUGGAUCAGAGGCUCCAAGGCAGGCACAACAGAGCCCUUUGCCGACCUUCCGGGCUACCCUGAUAAUGUGAGGCCGGAUAGGAAAGGUGGGUACUGGGUGGCGUUACACGGCGAGAAGAAUGAGCGGCCCUUUGGCGUCGACAACCAUCUGCUCGCUGUGAGGGUUGGACGCGACGGGAAGAUAGUUGAAGAGAUGAGAGGCCCCAAAAGAGUUAAACCAUCCGAGAUAAUGGAGAGAGCCGAUGGCAAACUUUAUAUAGGAACCAUGGAUGGGCCCUACGUCGGUGUAGCUACACGGACAUAG